AUGAAUCGACUUAUGCUCAAGUCGCGAAGCUUGUUUUCACCUACUGUUCUACCUCGUAAUUUACGAUCGAUACCUUCUGAUCGGCUGAAGAAAUUAAUUGCUGAGGAGAGCGAAAAAUUAGGUGGCCGAUUCGUACCUGGUAGAGACCGUACUAGCACUUGGUGGCUCCCACAGCCAAGAGCAUUAGGCAAAAAAGUUGUUGCUCUUCGUCCUGUCAAACCUCUACCAAACCUGCGCAUCAGUAUGGUUCGUGAGGGAUGCACUAACAGACCAUUUUUCACUAUCCAGGUGAAAUCUAGUCAAGCCCAUGGCAAAGAUCAGGGUCUUGAGCAGCUGGGCUGUUGGGACCCAUUCCCCAACCGAGAGCAUGGUGAACAGUUAGUUGGUCUCAACGUUGAACGUAUUCUCUAUUGGAUAGCCCAGGGUGCUGAACCCACAGAACGAGUGGCCGAACUUCUUGGUCUGGCAGGUAUCUUUCCCAUCCAUCCUCACUCCCGUCUUGUUGCUCAUCGAACCCGUAUUGCUGUAAAGAAGUUUCUCGAAGAAAAUCAAUCUGGAAGUACUACUGAAGCUGAGGUUAAAUGUGAGGAUGGGGAGGAAGAAACGGUGGACAGUGGUUCAGGGGAAGAGAAAUCUGAAGACUUUACCAAGAGAGAAGAUUAUGUUUGGCGAAAGAAGAAUUCGGGAGAUCACUGGUGGCGGCAUGGUCUCAUGUAA